ACAGCAUCAUCUUUAUGUUCGCGGAAUGAACCGCUUUGCUAGGAAACAUGAGAAGGGUGCUGUAUGCACGUUCCCGGGCCGGGCAUCUCAGGCAGGGUGAAUAAAACAGCGAGGCGGCCGCGGUUCGUGUGGUUUGAGCUCGGGAUCUAAGAACGGGGAACAUGUGAGUUGGGAAUGUAAAACAGGGAAAACAGGAUUCCUCACAAACACAGGAGGGCUGCUUACGAGAACUGGGACAGUAUUUUAUAAUCCAAUUGAAAACAUCAAGAAGAUUUCUAUUCAGCAAAGCUGUUGAAGGAAAUACUACAGCAAAGAUGAACACCAUUGUAUUUAACAAAUUGAGCGGCCAGAUGAUUUUUGAGGAAAAGGCCAAGGAAGUGGAGAGGAGCAGUAGAAACUACUUAGAAGUGAUUGAUGGACAACAUCCAGACAUGAUGAUUCCGAACAGCCAGUCUAAAGAAAAUGCCAGGCACAGGAGAUCGGGGUCCCGUCAGAACGGAGGGAAGGUGAGACACAAACGUCAAGCGCUACAGGACAUGGCCCGUCCUCUGAAACAAUGGCUUUACAAACACAGAGACAAUCCUUACCCCACGAAAACAGAGAAAAUCCUGCUGGCACUCGGCUCUCAGAUGACGUUAGUUCAGGUAUCGAACUGGUUUGCAAAUGCAAGGCGGAGACUGAAGAAUACUGUGAGACAACCUGACCUAAGCUGGGCUUUACGUAUAAAAUUAUACAAUAAAUAUGUCCAGGGGAAUGCUGAAAGGCUUAGUGUGAGCAGUGAUGACACAUGUUCAGAAGAUGGAGAGCAUCCCCCAAGGAAUCAAGCGAACGCAGGUGAAUUUAAUAAGCCCAUUUAUCAGAGUGUUAUCAAAAAGGAAGGCCCGGUUGUGAGCGCUGGAUUGAGAGCAGUCUCUUCUCUGAAUGAGGAUUACGUGUCGCCACCCAAAUACAAGAGCAGUUUAUUGCACCGGUACCUCAAUGACUCUCUGCACCAUGUCAUGGCUUCCACUGCAGCUAUCACACACUCACGCAAAAGAAACCAUUCAGGGUCUUUCAGCUCCAACGAAUAUGAAGAAGAAUUGCUUUCGCCAACAUGUUCAGAAGCUGAGGCAAAUUUUGUUUAUCGUGCUGAGACUGUGGAACAUGGAUCAAGUAAAUGUGACAAUGGAACAAAGGAAAAGGGAACGUGCAAAGAUGAGACCUACUGGAGAGAAAUCAACGCAGCCAUGGCCUUGACAAAUCUGGCACAAGGGAAGGACAAAGUAUCUGGGACAACCAGCUGUAUUAUCCAGAAAUCCUCCCAUAUAUCUGAAAUAAAGACAGUCAAAGUGCCCCUGGCACAGACAUUCUAAACAACAAAUAGAAUAGAAUCGAUCUAUGCAACAUUCCAUUAGAACUCUAACCAUUGCGGGACCAUAAAAAAAACAACUAUUACAGACCAAAUCAAUGUAUUUUAAUAUUAUAUGUUUAGGGUAUAAAAUAUAGCUUUUUUUCUUGCAAGUACAAUAGAUUUUAUUACUGUUGAUAACGACACACACGUCAGUGAUAAUGUUAACUUAUUUUAUAAAUUGCCUUUAGUACCCUACCUAUUGCAGGGAGCAACAGUGCCUUAUUAAAUGAAGAGUUCUGAUGGUUAGGCAUGAACAAAUGCGCCAUUGCGAGACUUUAUUGUGUCUUAGAGAAUGUGAUUUUUCUUAAUAUGCAGUUAUUUAAAAGUCUACUUGAAGGCAAAGCCUUCAGUAUAAUUAAACUACUUGUAUGUUUCAUGCAGUCCAGAAUGCUGAAAAGUCACAAAGAGCAGUUAGUUUCAGUUGCCAAUUGCCUAUCUGUAAGGAAAAACUAACCUGAGAUGACUUCUGCAGCUUUUAUUAACAAUAAUGAAAUCUCAGCUGUGUAGAAUAUGAUUCUGGAAUGCUGCAGUGGCAUCACAGAUGUUUGGUCUGCUACUUCAUUAUGGCUGUUCAUACGAUACUGUUGUGUCUCUGUGAAAAAUGAUGACCUACUUCAUGUAAACAAUGAACUGUGAACGACUUGGUAAGUUAGCUCAGCUAACGUGAGGCAUAAGUGUUCCAUCACCUAAUCAAGCAGCAGCUUGUGUUGUCUCAUGUGCAGAUUAUUAUGAAUUCAUUGCUGUUUCUAAUUGCUUUUGACCUUGGUGAAAUAUACUCCAGUCCAAGGCACCCACACAGUUAGAUAGAUUUCUCAGUUUAGGUUUCCAGUGAAAGCUAAUCUGCAGUCAAUAGACAAUUUGCUUCUUUUUUUAAAUAAGCAAAAGUUACACUUUGCACACCACACGUUAUUUUUAUUUUCGAACCAACCUGACACUUCAAUUUUGUUGUUUACACAUAACUGAGGACUUACCAUAUAUACAGAUACUCAUGAUAUAUCUUGUCUUGCCCGUAUUGUCUAUAUUUUAGCGAGCUACUCAGUGUUUGUUCUGGUGUUGUUUGUUGUUUUGUUUUUAGUACCAUGACUUCUGUAUUGUCAUGCUUUUAAGCAAUGGUAAUGAUUUUCAUAUGGAAUAUGUACAUGUGCUAUAUCCAUUGUUGCAAUAAAUUUGUAUUUUAGUAUAUCAGUAAGAAAUAAAAUCAAAUACGACUGUAUGAACAAAUGUAGGUUUCUGUUCUGCUCGACAGAAUAACUGUUGCUUAUGUCUUAACAUUCCAAAAAUAUAAUUAUUAGCCUUUUAUUUUUUACAAGUUGGGUACUGUUUUCUGCAAAAAAUGCUGUUUUAUAGUUAAAGACUAUAAGCAAUUACUUUGUUCAUACUUUUUUUUUAUAAAUUAUUAUGAUGUGUAAAACUGAAGAAAAUAGUUUUGUUUUUAUUUUUGUUAAAUUAUAUGAAUUUAAAGCAUAUUUGAGGCUGGAUUUUUGUCCUAUGACCAAAUACAUACUUUUACAAUAUCAUGUUUGAAAGGCUUUAAUGAAAAGACUAAAAAACAAACAAACUUGUCUGAAAGAUGAAUAAACAAUA